CCUUCUGCUUUCUCCUUUUACCUUCCAGUCAAGAAAGCCAACUUUGACGGCCCCCAAGAAAAAUUCAACACGUACGUCACCCUCAAAGUCCAGAAUGUGAAGAGCACGACGAUAGCGGUGCGGGGAAAUCUUCCAUGCUGGGAGCAAGACUUCAUGUUCGAAAUCAACCGCCUUGACCUCGGGCUGACGGUGGAAGUGUGGAACAAGGGUCUAAUCUGGGACACGAUGGUGGGGACUGUGUGGAUCCCGCUAAGCACGAUCCGGCAAUCCAACGAGGAGGGUCCCGGGGAAUGGCUGACUCUCGACUCCCAUGUCAUCAUGACGGACAAUGAGAUCUCUGGGACCAAGGACCCAACUUUCCACCGCAUCCUUUUGGACACUCGCUUUGAACUCCCACUCGAUAUACCUGAGGAGGAAGCACGCUACUGGGUGAAAGAGCUUGAGAGGCUCAAUGCGAUGCGAGAUCAGGAUCAUGAGAAGCCGCUGCCAGUACCCGGAUCUCAGUGCUGCAACUGGAAUUAUUUUGGCUGGGGAGAUCAACAAAAUGACGACCCCGACAGCACCAUGGACGACCGGGACAGCGACUACCGGAGCGAGACCAGCAACAGCAUCCCUCCCCCUUUUUACACCACAUCCCAGCCCAACGCUUCGGUCCACCAGUACCCCAUGCGUCACCAGCAGAGAGCGGCCCGGGACUCCUACGCCGAUUCCAUGCAGGGCUACGAGAUGGACUACUCCGACCACCGCCCCAUGAGGCAGCAGCCCCUCUUGCCCGACAACCCCAAGUCACUGACUUGGAACGGCUGCGAUCUAGCCUACUGGGCAAAGUCCUUGGUCCAGUCCAGGAAAGCUGGUAUCACAUCAGCACUCGCAUCAAGCACUUUAAACAACGAAGAGCUAAAAAACCAUGUUUACAAGAAGACCCUCCAAGCCUUAAUCUACCCCAUCUCUUGCACAACCCCCCACAACUUCGAGGUGUGGACCGACACCCCCACCUACUGUUACGAGUGUGAGGGACUGCUCUGGGGCAUUGCGCGUCAAGGCAUGCGGUGUACAGAAUGUGGGGUCAAGUGCCACGAGAAGUGUCAAGACUUGCUCAACGCCGACUGCUUGCAAAGUGAGGAAAAAGUUUCCAAGCACGGGGCCGAGGACCGCACGCAGAAUAUUAUCAUGGUGCUGAAAGAUCGUAUGAAGAUCCGGGAGCGCAAUAAGCCUGAGAUCUUUGAGCUGAUCCAGGAGAUCUUCGCCGUCUCCAAGACCACACACACCCAGCAGAUGAAAGCUGUGAAGCAGAGCGUUCUGGAUGGUACCUCGAAGUGGUCGGCCAAGAUCAGCAUCACAGUGGUUUGUGCCCAAGGGCUUCAGGCGAAGGACAAGACCGGGUCCAGCGACCCGUACGUCACCGUCCAGGUUGGGAAGACGAAAAAGAGGACCAAGACCAUCUACGGCAACCUGAACCCGAUCUGGGAGGAGAACUUCCACUUUGAAUGCCAUAACUCCUCCGAUCGAAUCAAGGUGCGUGUCUGGGAUGAAGACGAUGACAUCAAGUCUAGGGUGAAGCAGCGCUUCAAGAGGGAAUCCGACGACUUCCUGGGCCAGACGAUCAUCGAGGUGCGGACGUUGAGUGGGGAGAUGGACGUCUGGUACAAUCUGGAUAAGCGGACAGACAAAUCGGCCGUCUCUGGGGCAAUCCGCCUGCACAUCAGCGUGGAGAUCAAAGGCGAGGAGAAAGUGGCGCCGUAUCAUGUUCAGUACACCUGCCUUCAUGAGAACCUCUUCCAUUUCGUGACGGACAUCCAAAACAACGGUGUGGUGAAAAUACCCGAGGCGAAGGGCGACGACGCAUGGAAAGUGUACUUCGACGAAACCGCCCAGGAGAUCGUGGACGAAUUCGCUAUGAGAUAUGGGGUGGAGUCCAUCUAUCAGGCCAUGACGCACUUUGCCUGUCUCUCUUCGAAAUACAUGUGCCCUGGGGUGCCAGCAGUCAUGAGCACUCUGUUGGCCAACAUCAAUGCUUAUUACGCUCAUACAACUGCCUCUACCAACGUCUCUGCCUCUGACCGUUUUGCUGCGUCCAAUUUCGGGAAAGAACGGUUUGUCAAACUUUUGGAUCAGCUGCACAAUUCCCUCCGGAUCGACCUCUCUAUGUACCGGAAUAACUUCCCUGCCAGCAGCCCGGAGAGGUUGCAGGACCUCAAAUCGACGGUGGACCUCCUGACCAGCAUCACUUUUUUCCGGAUGAAGGUCCAGGAGCUUCAGAGUCCCCCGCGAGCCAGCCAGGUGGUAAAGGACUGCGUGAAAGCCUGCCUCAACUCCACUUACGAGUACAUCUUCAACAACUGCCACGAGCUCUACAGCCGGGAGUACCAGACCGAUCCGAAUAAGAAAGGAGAACUCCCGCCGGAAGAACAAGGCCCCAGCAUCAAGAACUUGGAUUUCUGGUCCAAGCUUAUCACCUUGAUCGUCUCCAUCAUCGAGGAAGAUAAGAACUCAUACACGCCCUGCCUCAACCAGUUCCCCCAAGAGCUGAACGUCGGGAAGAUCAGCGCCGAAGUGAUGUGGAACCUAUUUGCUCAGGAUAUGAAAUAUGCAAUGGAAGAGCAUGACAAGCACCGGUUGUGCAAAAGUGCCGAUUACAUGAACUUGCACUUUAAGGUGAAGUGGCUGUACAACGAAUACGUCACGGAUCUCCCUUCUUUCAAGAGCCGCGUCCCCGAGUAUCCGGCGUGGUUUGAACCUUUUGUUAUCCAGUGGCUGGACGAGAACGAGGAAGUCUCGCGAGAUUUCUUGCACGGAGCCCUAGAACGAGACAAGAAGGAUGGGUUCCAGCAAACGUCGGAGCAUGCCCUUUUCUCCUGCUCGGUGGUCGACGUCUUCUCCCAGCUGAACCAGAGCUUCGAAAUCAUCAAGAAGCUGGAGUGCCCCGACCCGCAGAUUGUGGGCCACUACAUGCGCAGGUUCGCCAAGACCAUUAGCAACGUCCUGCUUCAGUACGCCGAAAUCAUCUCCAAGGAUUUUGCUUCCCAUUGCUCCAAGGAGAAAGAAAAAGUGCCCUGCAUCUUGAUGAACAACAUCCAGCAGCUGCGGGUCCAACUGGAGAAAAUGUUUGAAGCCAUGGGGGGGAAAGAGCUGGACACAGAAGCCAGCGAUAUCCUCAAGGAGCUGCAGGUGAAGCUCAACAACGUCUUGGACGAGCUGAGUCGAGUAUUUGCCACCAGUUUCCAGCCACACAUCGAGGACUGCGUGAAGCAGAUGGGGGACAUUCUGAGCCAGGUGAAAGGCACAGGAAACGUGCCGGCCAGUGCUUGCAGCAGCGUAGCCCAAGAUGCUGACAAUGUCUUGCAGCCCAUCAUGGACCUUCUCGAUAGCAACCUGACCCUCUUUGCGAAGAUCUGCGAGAAGACCGUCCUCAAGCGAGUGCUGAAGGAGCUUUGGAAGCUCGUCAUGAACACUAUGGAGAAGACGAUCGUGCUUCCGCCCCUCACGGACCAGACGAUGAUUGGCACUCUCUUGAGAAAGCAUGGCAAAGGGACCGAGAAGAGCAGGGCGAAGGUCCCCAGUCACACCGAAGGCACGCAGAUGAUCUUCAACGCAGCCAAGGAACUGGGGCAGCUUUCGAAACUCAAGGACCACAUGGUGCGUGAGGAAGCCAAGAGUUUGACACCCAAGCAGUGCGCCGUGGUGGAGCUGGCCCUGGACACUAUCAAGCAAUACUUCCACGCGGGAGGCGUCGGGUUGAAGAAAACCUUCCUGGAGAAGAGCCCGGAUUUGCAGUCUCUGCGUUACGCCCUCUCUCUUUACACGCAAGCCACAGACCUGCUCAUCAAAACCUUCGUGCAGACGCAGUCCUCUCAAGGGUUAGGGAUCCGGAUGGACGACCCUGUCGGCGAGGUCUCCAUCCACGUGGAACUGAUCACCCACCCUGGGACCGGGGAGCAUAAGGUCACCGUCAAAGUGGUAGCCGCCAAUGACCUGAAGUGGCAGACGUCGGGGAUCUUCCGCCCGUUUAUUGAGGUCAACAUCAUCGGGCCGCACCUCAGCGACAAGAAGAGGAAAUUCGCCACCAAGUCCAAGAACAACAGCUGGUCCCCGAAAUACAACGAGAGCAUCCAGUUUGCCCUGGGCACCGAGACGGGUCCGGAAUGCUACGAGCUCCAGGUUUGCGUGAAGGACUACUGCUUUGCCCGCGAGGACCGGACGGUGGGCAUCGCCAUCCUGCAGCUGAAGGACCUCCUGCAGAGGGGCAGCUGCGCCUGCUGGCUCCCCCGCCGCCGCAUCCACAUGGACGACACGGGUCUGACCGUCCUCCGCAUCCUCUCGCAGCGCAACAACGACGGGGCGAAGGAGUUCGUCAAGCUGAAGUCGGACACGCGGUCAGCCGAGGAGGGGAGCGCCAGUUAAGCCCCACUGUGCCCUGCUCUCCACCCACCCCCCUUCCCAGUCCUGUGGUCCGCCCGCCCCAUGGCCUGGUAG